AUGAGCCAGAAGGCCACCCUGGUGCUCCUGGCUCUGGCCGUAAUCACAAUCUUUGCCUUGGUUUGUGUCUUGUUAGCUGGCAGGAGUGGAGAUGGGGGGGAACCCAGCCUGCCUCCCCGCUGCUCCUCUGAGUCCCCCAGUGCCCAGCCCUUGACACAGGCUGACCAGAACCAGCUGUUUGCCGACCUGAGCCGAGAAGAACUGACGGCUGUGAUGAGCUUUCUGACCCAGCAGCUGGGACCCGGGCUGGUGGAUGCAGCCCAGGCCCGGCCCUCGGACAACUGUGUCUUCUCCGUGGAGCUUCAGCUGCCCCCCAAGGAGGCAGCCCUGGCCCACCUGGACAGGGGGAGCCCCCCACCUGCCCGGGAGGCCCUGGCCAUCAUCUUGUUUGGGGGGCAAGCGCAGCCCAAUGUGAGUGAGCUAGUGGUAGGGCCGCUGCCCCAUCCAUCCUACAUGCGGGAUGUGACCGUGGAACGCCACGGGGGCCCUCUGCCCUACCAUCGUCGGCCUGUACUGGCCAAAGAGUACCUGGAUAUAGACCAGAUGAUCUUUGACAGAGAACUGCCCCAGGUCGCUACGCUUCUUCACAAAUGUUGUUUCUAUAAACACCGUGGACGGAACCUGGUGAAACUGACCACUAGCCCACGUGGACUGCAAUCAGGGGACCGGGCCACCUGGUUUGGCCUCUACUACAACAUCUCAGGGGCUGGGAUAUAUCUGCACCCUGUGGGCUUGGAGCUGCUGGUAGACCACAAGGCUCUGGACCCUGCCCAAUGGACCAUCCGGAAGGUGUUCUAUCAAGGCCGCUACUAUGAAAGUCUGGCCCAGCUAGAGGACAAGUUUAAGGUUGGCCUGGUGAAUGUCACGCUGAUCCCAGACAAUGGCACAGGUGGGUCCUGGUCCCUCAAGUCCCAGGUGUUCCCAAAUCAGGCUCCCCCUCUGCAGUUCUAUCCACAGGGUCCCCGCUUCAGGGUCCAGGGGAGUCGAGUGGUCUCCUCAUUGUGGACUUUCUCCUUUGGCCUCAGGGCUUUCAGCGGCCCAAGGAUCUUCGACAUCCGCUUCCAAGGAGAACGGCUAGCAUACGAGAUCAGCCUCCAAGAGGCUUUGACUAUCUAUGGUGGAAACUCCCCAGCAGCAAUGCAGACCCGCUAUAUCGAUAGUAGCUUUGGCAUGGGCAAGUACUCCACGCCCCUGACCCGUGGUGUGGACUGCCCCUACGUAGCCACUUACUUGGACUGGCACUUCCUCUUGGAAUCCCAGACCCCCAAGACACUCCGUGAUGCCUUUUGUGUGUUUGAACAGAACCAGGGCCUCCCUCUGCGGCGGCACCACUCAGAUUUCCACUCCCACUACUUUGGGGGCCUUGCAGACACGGUUCUGAUCAUCCGGGCUGUGUUCACCUUGCUCAACUAUGACUAUGUGUGGGACAUGGUCUUCCAUCCCAAUGGGGCCAUUGAAGUCAGGUUCCAUGCCACAGGCUACAUCAGCUCAGCAUUCUUCUUUGGUGCGGCCCAGAAAUAUGGAAACAAAGUUGGGGAGCACACACUGGGCACUGUCCACACCCACAGUGCCCACUUCAAGGUGGAUCUGGACAUAGCAGGACUGAAGAACUGGGUCUGGGCUGAAGACAUGGCCUUUGUCCCUACUCCAGUGCCCUGGAACCCCCAGCACCAGUUGCAGAAGCUGAAGGUGACUCGGAAGCUGCUGGAAACUGAGGAGCAGGCUGCCUUUCCCCUGGGAGGGGUGACCCCUCGCUACCUGUACCUGGCCAGCAACCACAGCAACAAGUGGGGUCACUUGCGAGGCUACCGGAUCCAGAUGCUCAGUUUUGCAGGGGAACCGCUACCCCAGAACAGCUCCAUGGAGAGAGCCUUCAGCUGGGGGAGGUACCAGCUGGCCGUGACCCAGAGGAAGGAAGAGGAGCCCAGUAGCACGAGCAUCUACAAUCAGAAUGACCCUUGGACCCCAACCGUGGACUUUACAGAUUUCAUCAACAAUGAGACCAUUGCUGGAGAGGACUUGGUGGCCUGGGUAACAGCUGGCUUCCUGCAUAUCCCACAUGCUGAGGACAUUCCCAACACAGUGACUGUGGGAAAUGGUGUGGGCUUCUUCCUCCGGCCCUACAACUUCUUUGAUGAGGACCCUUCCAUCAACUCAGCUGACGCUGUCUACUUCCGGGGAGACCAAGACUCGGGAGCCUGUGAGGUCAACCCCCUGGCUUGCCUCCCACAGACUGCUGCCUGUGUCCCGGACCUCCCUGCCUUCUCCCAUGGAGGCUUCUCUCACAACUAG